UCAGCUGUGUCGUAUCGCCACAGAACACCGUAUCGCUUGCGACUUCGUUACAGCAUUUCGUUAUGGUUACAGCAUGUCAUCGGUAACAUUUGGCCAAAAGGUGUUCACACCGAAGCCUCCGGACAAGGGCAGCUUCCCAUUGGACCACGAAGGUGAGUGUAAGCAAGGCGUCUUGAAGUACCUGCUGUGCCUCAAGGACCACGACGGCAGUGCGGAACCCUGCAGACACCUCGCCAAGGAUUACCUGGAAUGUCGAAUGAACAGAAACUUGAUGGCCAAAGAAGAGUGGUCUAAACUGGGCUUUGAAGACAAGCAAGACGCCAAGUAGGAGCCAUGUCCGACACAGAGGCCUCGGCAGAAGCCGUCAACACGGAGGCUGUCAAGGACUCGCUUCCCAAUGAUGAGGAAGCGGACAAAGUGUUGUCCUUCCAAGAAGCCAUGGCCAUUGCUGACAAGGAGAUUCAUGCCUUGAUCAGCAACGACCCACUGCUCAACAACCUGCACCCAGAGGUGACCACGGACGAGCUCAAGUCAUACCUGGCUCUCGAGCACGGUCAGGCCAUGUCCCUGGUGGUGCACAAGGCUGACGGCGACUAUUACACUGUCGUGGUCGAGCAGAAGGCCACAGUGUUGGACCUUAAGAAGGCCAUACGACGUCACGUCACCUUGCGCAUGGCACGGAAGGGAGUGAAACGAGUUCUAAGCUGGAGGUAUGUCUGGAGGACGUACUGGCUCUCUUUCGACGGUGAGCUCUUGAAAGAGGACAAGGCGCUCCUUCGAGACUUCGGAAUUCGCAACAACUCGCAACUGACAUUUGUCAAGAGACUACGCGAGAGAUAGCUGCCGAGUAAGCUAACCGCUUUUCGGAGUACUUACUAUUGCAAAGUAAUAAAAACUUGUUGCUUCUCAUUUUAA